GAUCUCGCAGUAUAUAAGAUGGGCAGAUCUAGCGCCGCCCUUUCUCUCGAGUCCUCGCUUCCGAGAUGACAAAGAAAAGGCGAAACAACGGCCGUGCCAAGAAAGGCCGCGGCCAUGUGCAGCCCAUUCGCUGCACCAACUGCGCCCGCUGCGUGCCCAAAGACAAGGCCAUCAAGAAGUUCGUCAUAAGGAACAUAGUGGAGGCCGCGGCCGUCAGAGACAUUUCCGAAGCGAGUGUCUUCGACGCAUAUGUGCUUCCUAAGUUGUAUGUGAAGCUGCAUUACUGUGUGAGUUGUGCCAUUCACAGCAAGGUGGUCAGAAACCGGUCACGUGAAGCCCGGAAGGACCGAACCCCCCCACCUCGCUUUAGACCUGCAGGUGCUGCCCCACGACCUCCUCCAAAGCCUAUGUAAAGAUUAGAAGCUGAAGAAAAACAAACCUGAAAGGAAAUAAAAUGAAAAUUGUUCAUGGUA